CCGGUAUUGGAGAGACUUUCGUUGAGGUUUGUGCCCCCAGGAAGACAGUCGCCAAUGGCAUAGUUUAUGGGUGUCUUCUUCAUUGUCUUGUGUAAAAGACGUUGAGUAUGCCGGAUUCAGUUGAAUUGGAAGUGAUGCUCUUGAAAUUAUGGCCCUGAUCCGCGCUAUUCCUGUCCUCCUUUCGAUCGCCACCAUCACUGUUUUGUUAUCCUUGGUUCCAAGCGUGAAUACCGAGGCACGGGCAUCUAAUCAGCUUCCUAUUGAAGCCGUAGCUUGGCAUCCAAGAGUUCACUUGCAAUCAUCAGAAGAUAGCUAUCAAUAUCUGUGUGAGCUCUGUAAUAAUGGAACUCGUGUUGUUGUCCUGUCACCGGGAGAAGAAGGUGUGAAUCUGGACGACCAUUCUGCAGACACUGGCGAUAUUGUGCUUGUGAGAUCACUGGCACCUAACACAACCCUCUUCCAUCUUCUCUCUACGUUUGACUCAACAACCUGGUAUAAUAACAAAGCUAGCAUUGGUCAAGCACUCUCAUCUACCUUGACCAGUAAUGUAAUCGCAUCCUUUCUGAACCUCUACCCCAAUCAUAAUGUCAUUGUUGUUGGUGCCAAAUGCACAGUCUGUCCCUCACAACUCUUCAAUAAACACAUAUCAUUAUGGGUGAACAGUGCCGAUCAGCUCCUAGAGGCGUCUCUGGAAAAUCGGGCAACUGUUCUGCUGAUGAUUGGCCAGAAUGUUGCCUCUGCAACUCAAGUUGCCUUUCUGCAACAGGUUCAACAGCUGCUACCCCUGUUCAUAUCACAAGUAAACGUGAUCGUGGCAAGCCUCCCUAUUUCUAUCGACACACAUGCUUCCAAUUCCGAAAAUCUCAUAAUGGAUAGUCUCUCUGUUGCUCUCAAGGGCCUUCCGGCCACUGAUUCUCGCUGCCACUGUGAUGGAAACUCUUCCCAAGAAUGGAUUGCAGCACAGGCAAUGCUGAAAAAGGCACUCAAGAAGACGGCCAAAGACGUAUACCCUGUGUUGCUAACAACACAUCAAGUACGAAACUGGCUGAAUGGUUUCUCUGCUGACGUUAUACACACUUCAUACGGCCAAAUAUCACAGAUUGGAACUUGGGAUGGCACAUCUGCUGCUAUCAGCUGGUUGCCAUUGUAUCGUCAACAUGCAGGUCAUGCGGCCAAGGCUCUUCUUCUAGAUCAAGUUGAAUAUGCAGCUGAAGACUGGAGCCGGGAGCAAGGGGAAUCACAUGUACGCAGCAGAAGAGCGACUACGCAGCAAUCACCCUGUCCAGCUGCUCGCAUAACCACCCUGAAAGGCGCCAAUCUGAAUGUAGUUACCAUUGUGGAAGAACCAUUCUUACUCAACUCGUCUAUUGACAACAAGUAUUCACUGAAAGGAUUUUCCAAAGAUCUUCUUGAUGCUCUGGCCAGCCAACUGGGAUUCAACUACACACUACGUCUUGUUAGAGAUGGUCAAUACGGAGCUAAAUCACCUGGUGGCAACUGGUCUGGGCUAGUAGGCGAGAUUGUGAAUUGUGAAGCUGAUUUUGUUUCCGCUCCACUCACAAUUUCCGUCGGACGAUCCAGAGUAGUUGACUUCUCACUGCCUUUCUUGCAGCUUGGCCUCCAGGUUGCCAUUAGGAAAAGUUAUCCUGGCGAGCCUUCGUUCUUUCAGUUCCUCGACCCGCUGUCUGCUACCGUGUGGGGUUUGGUGGUGGUUGCCGGCAUUCUUGCCAGUAUGAGUAUGGCACUGGUCAAUGCCUGGAGUCCGUACAGUUAUAGAAAUGCCCGUGCUUUGAGGAACGAACCGCCAAUUUUCAAAUGCGACUGUGCAAUCGAUGAGUUUACGUUUUACAACUCGCUGUGGUUCAUGGUGGGUAGCUUUGCCCAGCAGGGUGCCGACAAACAGCCCCUGUCACCUAGUGGUCGAAUAGUGGGCAUGACCUGGUACUUAUUUGGACUGGUCGUUAUCAACACAUACAUUGCUAACCUUGCUGCUUUCUUGACCACCAAUAACCGCAAUUUGCCAAUCAAUGACAUCACGUCAUUACCACUACAGGACACGUUACAAUACGGUACCGUGCUCAACAGUCAACCGGAGUCGUUUUUCAAGACCACUCAAAUUACGGCCUACAAAAGAGUCUGGGAGGGUAUCAAUACCAACCGGGCACAGCUUGUGCUCACUGCUAAAGAGGGUAUUGACAUGGUGCGCUCGUCAAACUAUGCAUUUAUCUGGGAUUCACCGUCCCUAAGGUAUGCCGGACAGAGGCUGCCUUGCGACUUGGAGGUGCGUGGAAAUCCAUUCGAUCUGCGCGGCUACGGAUUUGCCAUGCCCCUUGGGUCAGCAUUUCAAGAGGAAGUGUCUAAAGCUGUGCUUCUGAUGCAAGAGAACGGCCUGAUUCACAGACUGCAGGAGAAAUGGUGGGAUGACCGCACACAGUGCAGUGAUCUUUCUGGGACGUCUUCAGGAGGUGGCUCAGAGGUUAUCACACUCCGGCAUGUGUUUGGGUUGAUGAUGGUCAUGGCUGCAGGAAUUCUUGUGUCGCUGCUCAUCUUGCUGGCUGAGGUACUUUACUACAGCUGGAAGCAAUCUCGAAAAGGAGCGGAUUCUAUCCGUGAUACCGUUGGACGGUGGUCCAAUACCAGAUUCAAGCCACCAACACUGACACUACCGCUUUCCAGCAAGAACAACUUUGUUGCUACGAUGACAAGACGCAGCAUGUUCUCUCGACGUGGAUUUGGCGAUUCUAACUUCCCGGCAACACCACCGCCUGCGCAUCCCAUGUCACGCCUGAAUGAGGGUAAUGCCAAACACAUAAUGCCAAGUGGUUUGCUCAGCCCAAUACAGGAUGCCAAGUCCCUGAAUAGUAGUAAUGUCACACAAACUCGCAGUGAGUCUUACAUUAAGACCAGCCAGCUCCAGCAAUUGGCCAUGGGGGCUUUGACAAACCCUGCAGCGCAGUCAAAAAGUACCAGUAAACGCAAGAAAGUGCUGCGGUCCAAGAGAGGACAGCGAAGUACUCACCAUCCUAUGCACAGCUCAUCCAUGAAGAAGGACGUCCCAAUACCUCAAAAUUGUAUGAAUGUAGUAAGGGACACAGAGAUCAGCAGUAAUGAUUCUCUCCCCCGGCUGGUGAAAGCUGAUGUGGAUAUGGGAGUAGUUGAGCCAUCGCCACCCUACUCUCAAGGUCCUGAGUUGCGAGAGAGACGUUCUAUGAAGGCUCGAGAUAGCCAUGCCUCAGACCGGUGCAGCCUACUAGUGGAUAUGUUUGAUUCUGACGAGGCUUCAGAACAAUUUUCAACAGAGAAGCAGGGCCCAUCCAUCUUUGAUCAGCUUCCCAGAAAUCUGUCUUCCGUCAGCGUUCCAACUCGCGCUACAAGCCUAAGGACCAAAUCACUUUUUGUUCAAACAGGAGCUGACUCCAUUUUUCCCACAGUAUCAAAAGCAUCUCUUUGAUGUCGGUGCUGCUCUAUGCUAUGAUUCCUUCCUUCCUGUCUUGUCUAGCUGCUAAGUUUUAUCUUUUGUAGUUGUUGGCCAAAGUUUCUGUCCAUUGUAAGUUGUGACCAUCAGUUUUUCCUAUUAUUAUACUCUCAUAUAGUUUUUAGCAGCUUCUCCGCUUUGGCGUCAGCGGCAGGUUAUAGUCCACAACACGUAGUCGCUACCGAAGCGAGAUACAGAUAUGUAGCCAUCCUUUUUUGCUGCUCAAUUUCUCUCUCGCCGCUUAAAAGUCGGCCAUGCUGCACUUUUGUACCAGCUCCUGCUGUUUCUACAGCGCUGGCCGGCGAAGUUUGCGUUAUACGUCAUCAUGAUUUUUAUCACGAUCCAAUUAUAAAAUUCUCAUCAUUUGUUCAAAUACAGUCGACUCCUGAUAUAACGAACACACAGGAGAAUUAGUUUUUUAUAGCCGAAGUUCGUUAUAACAGAAAUGCACUCA